GAUGGGAGAACUUUCCUCGUCAAGGUCUGCCUUGCCGUAGUGCAGUUAAAUGAAUAGUUAUUUUCAUCUCACUCCUCCGGGCGCGCAGUGGUUCUGGAAAGAUUUCCUAGGAAUAUUACAUUCUAAUGAGGAAUAUGUCGUCGUGUUAACGGGUUAUCUAGAUCUAUAUCCAGAACCAUUUCAAUAUUUAUCAGUUUAUCUGUGAGUUGACUUUUAACAUUGACUUAUUUUAUUAAUGCCGGGAAACUAGUAAAAAAGCUAGAGGUACAAUAGGACAGCGUUCGGCACACGGCUUGUUCUUCUGUUUUCUCCGGAGAAGGAUAGAACCAAACAAAAGGCGGUCCAAGAUAAAGAGAUAACUGUCUCAGAAUGAAUAACAAUACUGAGAAAGAGAACGAAUCGAAUGAAUUCACCAGUCACGAAGAGGAGGUCCGCACAUUAUUUGUCAGCGGACUACCUCUGGAUAUAAAGCCGCGAGAGCUGUAUCUCCUGUUCAGACCAUUUAAGGGUUAUGAGGGAUCAUUGAUAAAACUCACCUCAAAACAGCCAGUGGGGUUUGUCAGCUUUGACAGCCGAUCAGAGGCAGAAGCUGCCAAGAAUGCCUUGAACGGUGUCCGCUUCGACCCGGAGAUCCCCCAGACUCUGCGGCUGGAGUUUGCCAAAGCCAACACCAAGAUGGCCAAGAACAAGCUGGUGGGCACUCCUAACCCUCCUCCCUCCCAGCAGAGCCCUGGCCCACAGUUCAUCAACAGAGACCCAUAUGAGCUCACAGUACCCGCUCUAUACCCUGGCGGCCCAGACAUGUGGGCGUCAUACCCACUGUACCCGGCGGAACUGUCGCAAGCCCUCCCUCCUGCUUUCACCUACCCCUCCUCACUCCACACUCAGAUUCGCUGGCUCCCUCCUGCAGAUGGAACUCCCCAGGGAUGGAAGUCCAGGCAGUUCUGUUGAGGUUCAUGAUGUGUGAUGGUGGCCACGGUCGGCCUUGAUGGUGUUGCUGGCGGUUCUCAUGUCCAAACCAGGAGGAUUCCUGACCUUGUUUACCGCACAGUGGACCGUUGGCAACAACAACCUCAUGGGCCUCAGGACAUUCCAGACCCAAGCCGCCAUCACACAUCAGCCCCCCCCUGCUACAACCUCCCUUUUUAUACUGUUACAUACUCAAGAAUUACUGAUGCCACUUUGGUUCCAGUCCAAUACAUAAGACCUUAUGAUGCCUUAUGAGAAUGACACAGUCUAAACAUACAGGCUUAUGUUCCAAUAUCCCUGCUAGCACACACACUACCGGUCAAACGUUUGGGGUCACUUAGAAAUGUCCUUGUUUUUGAAAGAAAAACACAUAGCCGUUUCCAGCUACAAUGGUCAUUUGCAACAUUAACAAUAUCUACACUGUAUUUCUGAUCAAUUUGAUGUUAUUUUAAUUUCUUCUUCUUUUCUUUCAAAAACAAGGACAUUUCUAAAGUGACCCCAAACUUUUGAACGGUAAUGUAUGUAUGCUAGUGUGCUUAUUGGAACAUAACCACUAAAAACCUUCAUUGACAUUCAUCAAACCUUUUUUUUUUUUAUUGGUAUGAGCCCAUACACGUAUGUAUUACUUUAAAAUACAUUCAAGAGUGCAAAGUUUGGCCAUAUCAGUUGGGGAUGAAAUGUUUCUGAAUGUACACCUGUGUGAGUGCAAGGCCUAUGCAGGCAUUUUGAAAGUCUUAUGUAAAAGAGGAUGACCAAAAUGUUACCAGAUUAUAUUAUUAUUGAUUAUAAUUAUUACCUUUCUGUAUACCUUUCCUUAUAAUGAUUAUUACUACAUGUUGAAGCAUGACUUGCCCCCCCCCCCCAAAAAAAAAUGAAAAUGCUGUAAAUCUUUAGAUAUUUUAAAGAUAAACCAAAACGUAUUUUUGUAAUCAAUCCAUUGUUUGAAAAUGUUUGAUUUGUUUUCUGUGUAUCAACUGUGUGAGUAAUAAUGUUUGAGAUCCUCAAAGUCUUUCUUACUUCUCGUAUGAGUGCCAGUCACCGUGUCAUGGCCGAUUGCUCUGCCACACUAAAGCAGUCGCAUCAGUUCGCAGGCUUAUGCUUUUCUUCGUAUAGUAACGAUUCUGAUUAGUCGUGUAGCUUUGUGUCAAUCCUUAAGCUUUUUGUAAGUGGAGACACUAAUAUAAUGCCAAAACUUGUUAGUUCCUACUUGUCAUAAUACAAAAUGUACAUAAUAUUGUACUGCUACAAUUGGCUACUCAACUCCAACCCCUGAGAGAAUUGGGCUAUGGAGUUGAGCACCCCUGUUCCACACCAAAUAGCAGCCAUUUCAUCACGGUAAAUUGAUACCAGGCUAUAAUUAAGCAAUAAGGCCUGAGGGGGUGUGGUAUAUGGCCAUUAUGCGGAGUGCCUGGAUACAGCCCUUAGCCUUGGUAUACGGUCUGGUAUACCACUGCUUUCGGCCAAUCAGCUUUUCAGGGCUCGAACCACCCAGUUUAUUAUCCAAGAUAAUCAAUUUCAGAACCAUGCCAACAUUAAAAUCUGCAAUACAGUAUCUAGUCACCCUUAAGACAAAUGUGUGUCUUACGUAUGCAAUGCAGGAACGGAAAUUGUCAGUCCUGUGUACUUGCGUUGCGUUUGUACUUGCGGGAUAACACUAGCUAGGAUCAACAUUUUGCAAAGCUGUUUUGUAGUUCUUGUGUUGCCUCGGGUCUUGGGCUUUAUAGGAGACGUCCCAGGUCCAGAUGAAACCUACUCCUGGAUUGAAAAUAGGCUUCUAUUGGGGGACUCUAUUGAAAAUACUUUUUCAUCCUGGAGUAAGACUUUUCUUGGUCUGGUAUACCAGUCCUGUAAAUUAAUUGUAAACCAGGACUAUACAGACAAUACUGACCAAAGGCGUGUUUUUUUUUUUUUUUACUUAAAUCAGGGACGGGCAACUGGCGGCCGGCCCCCCUUUUGAAGGCCCUUGGAUCAUUACCCCCCCCCCCCCCCCCCCCCCCCCCUCUAAACUUGUUAUCAUGGUCCAGCUAAUUUUCCUCUCCGGCCCAUUGCAAAAUGAGGGGCAUUUUUUUUGUGUGGCCCCCACCCUUAACAAAGUUGUCCAUCCAUGACCUAGGUGGAUGAUUGGAAUAAAAAAUCAUGUUUCCUGUUUCACCGUUGUUCGCCGAGUAAUUGGUUAAAGACUGCAAUAUAGUUGGUUAUACGAGCUCUGUUCAUUCUGUGAAGCUUUAGGGGUUAAAGCCUUCCUUCUGGUGGUUCUUGUACUGUAAUCUCAAAAAAUAUACAUAUGCCGUCUUGUAUUUUCAUGUUAUGUCCAAUAAAUGAGUCAAAGAUCUCACACUGAACCAAGAGUGUAAUAAAAUAAAAAUGUCUAAUAUGGAAGUUGGGGGGGGGGGGGGGGGGGGGAUCUAUAAGGCAUUUACAAACGAAACGUCGAUGUGAGCAUCGUAAAUACAUCCAUGAAGUAAUAUUCCUUUUAACACAGACGCAAUUAACCUUCCAGUUCAUAAGAGUCACUGUGAGUGCCUAACAUAAAAUGGAUUGGCUGAUUGGUUGAUUGAACUCUAUUAGUCAUGUUAAAAUCAUGAGUUUGUAAGUGUUUUAGUGGAUGUGAUGUGAUAUAGUGUGUCCAUGGAAUAUUAAUCUCAAAAUAUUAAAUCCUUUAUGAAAUUAAAUAUUACCCAAGUUUUUACAAUACUUUCCCGCUCUCACCACUUUAAAAUAUUGUUAUUUUUUUUUUAUCCUUUUACCAGUUUGCAACGUGAAUUGACAAUAACGCUUAAUUGCAGCCAGUUUGCCAGGAUGUAUCUGGCAAAUGUUUUAGAACCAUAUUUUCUACAUGAUUUAAUGAUUUUACUACGUUAUCACACAUAUCGUUAUACCCAGAUAGACCCUGGCAAACUGGCUGCAAUAGCGUUAUUGUGAAGUCGAUUCACGUUGUAAACUGAGUAAAAUGAUUUAUUUUUUAACAAUAUUUUGUUAGCGACCCCCAAAAAAUAGACCUAUCUUAAAAUGGGGGGUUUUCUGGUUAUCUGACCAGAUAACAACUAAAAUAUGAUGAUAUCGUAUCUUUACUUGGUUGUAAUCUGGUUAUGUGACGCGUACAACCAGUUAAAACAGUUUAAAACCAGAAGAUGUCUCCAUUAUAACGUCGCAUGCCACAUUUUACCCAUUGGGAUGAUCAACUGUAAAUCAGAGUGAGAGUGAAAUAUAAGAAAGGAAAGUACAUAUUUUUUUCACCCCGGUGUCACCUUUCAAGACGCAGCUGUUAUGUGAGUCGAAAUAAUCAUUCAGUAGCAUGUAAUUCCUUUGUUUUGAUGUCCUAAAGCUACCGUAGGACUAAAUGGCUGUUAUGUGCAUGUUUGGGGAUUUUUUUUAUUUUUAAUUUUUUUUCAAUGCAUACUGUUGAUAUUCAUGUUUUGCCAAUGUGAGGAGAAUACAUAUUUCAGUGAAUUGCAGGGGUUGUUUGAAAUUUUUAUUGUUAAAACCAAAAAAAGAUAAGAAAAGUUAUGAAAAUGAAGAUGUAAAAUGAAGAUGUUCAGGGCAUCAGCCAUUAAAGAUUGAUGUUGCCA